UGCCACACAAAUAACCCAUUCACACUUUGGAACAAAAACAAAACAAUAGCUUCCUUCAACACCACUUUUGUUCUCUACAUAAGUCCUGAAACUUCACCUGGUGGAGAAGGCAUAGCCUUUAUCUUAACUUCAGAUACAAAUCUUCCUGAAAACAGUGAUGGACAGUGGCUUGGUAUUGUAAAUGGUUCCACAGACGGAGAUUCUCGGGCCCAAAUUCUUGCAGUGGAGUUCGACACACGACAAAGUUCCACUUGGGAUGGUCCUGACAACCAUGUUGGAAUCAACAUAAAUAGCAUCUCUUCAUUGACACAAGCAUCAUUGGAGAACACUAAAAUCAAUAUUUCAUCUGGUUUAGAUGUAACUGUGAGAAUUCAAUAUUCCAAUGAUAUAAUUCUGUUUUUUGGUUCAAUGAGUAAAAACUCAAAUGAUUUUAUGGAGACCCUUUUGGUAUCUCCACCUCUUAAUCUCUCUUCUUAUCUUCAACAAGAGGUUUAUGUCGGUUUCUCCGCUUCAACAAGCAAUUACACGGAGUUAAACUGUGUAAAAAGAUGGGAAUUCAAUGGUGUAGAUAUUGCAGAUAGUAAUAAAAAUAAUCUCUUGUUGAUUUGGAUUAUAAUUCCAACUGUGAUUAUCAUAGGUGUGUUGUUACUUUUCUUGGUUUAUCGGAAAUUCCAAAGAAGAAUGGAGGUUCAAGAAGAUACAUAUCCAAGGAUUGAGGAUCAAAUUCAACACUCAUCUAUGGCUCCAAAGAAAUAUCGACUAAAGGAAUUGAUGAAUGCAACAGGUGGAUUCAGCCAUCAGAACAAGCUUGGUGAGGGUGGAUUUGGAACCGUUUAUAAGGGAAUCCUUGGAAAAAUCAAUAAAGAGAUAGCUGUGAAGAGAGUCUCAAAGAAUUCGCGUCAAGGAAAGAAAGAAUUUAUCGCCGAAGUUACAACAAUUGGAAGCCUUCACCACAAAAACUUGGUGAAACUCAUUGGUUGGUGCUAUGAAAGUAAAGAGCUUCUCCUUGUUUAUGAGUUCAUGCCAAAUGGAAGUUUAGACAAAUACCUAUUUAACCAAUCGAGUGAACUCGAAUCACAUUAUUCGAAAGUACUUGAUUGGAAAACUAGGAAUGGUGUGAUUCGUGACGUGGCGCAAGCAUUGGAUUAUCUUCACAAUGGUUGUGAAAAAAGGUUACUUCAUAGAGACAUUAAAACAAGCAACAUAAUGCUGGAUUUUGAUUACGUUGCAAAAUUGGGUGAUUUUGGAUUGGCACGAAUAGUUCAAAUGAGAAAAGAAACUCAUCAUUCAACAAAGGAAAUUGCAGGAACACCGGGCUAUAUGGCACCGGAAAUAUUUUUAACCGGAAGAGCGACGGUUGAAACAGAUAUUUAUGCAUUUGGUGUACUUGUUUUGGAAGUUGUGUGUGGAAAAAGACCAAGAAAUAUGUAUGCACAAGAUGAUUAUAAAUAUAGUAUUGUGUAUUGGGUUUGGGAGCUUUAUGAAGAGGGAAAAAAAGUUAGUGCAGUUGAUGAUAGGAUAAGUAGUGAAGAGGCUGAAACUGAAAAGGUUGAAAUUGUGCUUAUUCUUGGGUUGUCUUGUUGUCAUCCAAAUCCACAUGAAAGACCAACAAUGAAAACUGUUUUGAUGGUUCUAAAUGGAGAAGCUUCUCCUCCAAUGGUUCCGAUUGAAAGACCGGCUUUUGUUUGGAAUGCUAUGCCUUCAUCUUUCAAACAAAAUGAAAAUGGUUCUCUUAUCAGUGGAACUCUCACUCCAUUCACUCAACUUAGUGGCAGAUAGAAAAUUAGAAAUCAAUUUGGUUCACCAAAACUAAGAAAUCACUUUUGUUUAGAAUUAAUGGUCUUUCUAAUAUAUAUAUCAAUGCAUACAUAUGUUAUGUACUAUAUAGG